CACACAGCAGACACAAGUUGGGGAACGGCAACCUUCCACACCGGCUUUCUGAGUGCUCAAAACAGCGGGACACACCUGGUUUUCUGCAUGCCUGCCUGCCUGCCGACAUGUCAACUAUCAGUCCUGAAUAUGACUACUUGUUUAAGCUGCUGCUGAUUGGCGAUUCUGGAGUUGGGAAGUCAUGCCUCCUGCUCCGUUUUGCGGAUGACACCUACACAGACAGUUACAUCAGCACCAUCGGCGUGGACUUCAAAAUCCGGACAAUAGAGUUGGAGGGAAGGACCAUUAAGCUGCAGAUUUGGGAUACUGCAGGACAGGAGCGCUUCCGAACAAUCACGUCCAGCUAUUAUCGAGGUGCGCAUGGCAUCAUCAUUGUAUACGAUGUGACAGACCAGGAUUCCUUCAACAACAUGCAUCUAUGGCUGGAAGAAAUCAACCGCUAUGCCAGCGAGAACGUCAACAAGUUGAUUGUGGGAAACAAGAGCGACCUCACGAGCAAGAAAGCAGUGGAUUACACUACAGCCAAGGAAUACGCAGACUCCCUCGGGGUGCCCUUCCUGGAGACGAGUGCGAAAAACGCCACCAACGUCGAACAGGCCUUCCUCACCAUGGCGGCAGAGAUCAAGAACCGGGUGAGCAGCGGCCCCACCCAGAACGACAGCCAUAAGUCCAACCUCCACAUCCAGAGCGGCCCCCUGAGGCAAGAAGGGCCUGGUGGCCAGGGAGAAGAUGGCGGAGGAGGCUGUUGCUAGGGGAGCAGCCACCCAACGAGCGAAGGAGUG